UGAUUAUUUUCAAAAUUCUAUAGAGUUUGAGACAUGACUUUCGAAUGUCUUACAAUAUGCUGGCCAAUAUGUUGACCCUGGGCUGCCUGUUGGCCCAGUUCAUCCUGGGAAUAUCGGCGGAGAAUGGGACGGUCAACUGCUCCAAUCCCUUCACCGAAAUCACGGCCUGCGGCCGCUUCAGUCCGAACGGAUGCUGUGCCAAGGGAUGUGUGCGGAAUCUGCGUGGAAGAUGUGUGGAGGAGCAGUGCACCGCGUCGUGGAGCGCCUGGCUACGGAAGCCGGUGACCAUGAGCUGCUACUUCCACUGGUUCCUGAUGAUCUUCGCCGGGAUUAUCCUUGCUGUAAUGAUGGGCCUGGUGGUGUGCAAUGUGGGGUUUGAGUUAAGGCGCUACUUCCGCCAGAGGAGAGCCGAGCGGUUCAGGCGCUUCAGGGACCUGAGUGGAGUCUCGAUUGGAUCCACUCAGUGCUAGGGCACGUGUGAGCCCCAGGACUUCAAGGAUGUGGAAGCUGGGCUGGGAAGUGCCCGAGGGAUUUGGCAUAAUCUGCAAUACAUUAGCGGCAGCUUUGCUCUGGAUUCCAAUUCAAUUCUUUGGGUAUCUCGGGCCAAAGCCAUGUAAAUUACGAUUCGCCACCUCGGAAAUCCUAUUAGUAGUUAAAACCUGAUUAGGAAAUACUUGCGGCCGAGUUCGGCUCACAUUUGCCGAAAGCAAAUAAUAAUAAAUGGCUCUCACAUGCGGAAUGCUUUGUGGAUGUGCCCUCCAGGGUGACACCUCCAGUCGAAGGUGGAGUGGCGUUCAGAUGGCGCUGGAGUCGAGUCAAAGGUGCAAUAACCCAACCAAGGGGGCACAUAAAACUAAAUGGCUGCGGGUUGGCAGUCCUUCCCAGCUCCCUCCUCUUCGCACUCAGUUGCUAUUGCGGUGGAGAUAACACACAUAAGGGUACACCUGUAUGACAUGCAUAUAGCAGCGACAAUUUCAGAACUUAAUUUGGUGUUAAGUUGAAAAUUGAAAUCAAAUCACAUAACUAUAAAGUUGUAUUUGGUGGAUAGAUGCACUUAACCCCUAAGAUACCUAAAUAUCCAUCUGUAUCUAUUUCUAUGCCCUCCGCUGUAUAACUGUAUAUAUUUUUAGCAUAACUGAAAGUCAGUCAGGCAUGCAGCCAAAGCUAAACGCGCUGCCAACCGCGCAGAAAAUGAAAUGGAAAAUAUUG